AUGGAAGGAAAAGUUCACCUUUAUGUAGAUCCCAGCGUAAAACCAACUGUAGCACCACMCCGCAAAGUACCACCAUCAAUGAAGACUGAUCUGAAAGAAGAAAUAGAUCGACAAACCAAACGUCAAGUUAUAAGUUCAGUAGACACGCCUACAGAUUGGGUGUCUAGUUUGACAACAGUCCGAAAACAAAAUGGAGACAUACGACUAUGCAUUGAUCCUCAAACGCUGAACAUCGCACUCAAACGAUGUCACUAUCYCUUGCCAACUAUAGAAGAUMUACUACCAGAGCUAUCCCAACCAAAAGUCUUCAGUAAAGCAAACCUCAAAGAAGGAUUCCUGAAGAUUGAAUUGGAUGAAGAGUCCAGUUAUCUAACUACAUUUGGCCAUUCAUGGGGCCGUUAUCGCUAUCAAAGACUCCCUUUUGGAAUUUCACCAGCCCCAGAAAUCUUCCAAAUGAAGCUGGAUCAGAAUCUAGAAGGCCUUGACGGCGUUUUCAAGAUUGCUGAUGACAUUCUAAUCACUGGCCAAGGAACAGAUGACGAAAGUGCCAAUAGGGACCACGACAAGAAUUUAAAAAAACCUUCUUGA